AUUAUCGUCAUGUCAGCAAUGGUGCUCGAAGCAACCGAGAUCCACACUCACACUCACAGUCCCAGCCAGCCCAGCUCCCUUAUACUCACCUCCGAAAACCAUGAAUUCCGGCGCGCCCGGGCUGCCCAGCAUUUUUCGCGUUGACAGUGAUGUCACACACGCAGAGGACGAAGGGGGUGAUGCUGCGCAUCUACGGCAGGCGGUAAUCGAAGGGGAUGAGGGCCUUGUGCGGGAGCUACUGGACCAUGGCGCCGACAUCGAGGCUGCCGACAUUGUGGGGCGCAGGGCGCUUCACCAAGCCGUCUUCCGCAGCGGUAUAAAACGCAACAGCAUAACGCUGGCCAAGCUGCUCCUGGACUGCGGCGCCAAUGUCGAGGCCACCACGUACGAUGGCGAAAAGCCGCUGUGGAUCGCCGCCAAGCACGGCACCGUGGCCAUGGCCAAGAUGUUGCUGGAGCGCGGCGCCGAUGUGGAAUCCUUCAACCCAAAGUCGGGGACCACAGCCCUGUUUGAGGCCGUUAACCGAGGACACGUCGGUUUGAUCGAGCUGCUUCUCGAGUCCGGGGCCGAUAUCGACGCACGACCGCUGGCAUCACACGAUGCAAGCCGCCGACAAGAUGUUGGGGGCCGUAUGAGCCCUGAAAGUCCAGACCUUGUAUUAACCGGGGCUCCAAGAUACUCGCGCCACCACCGCCACUACGGGGGCAAAGAGCUUCGGCCAGGGGCUGGACAUGGUCAUGGCGACGGUUCCAAAGCUAAGACCAAGUACUCGCUACUGGACUAUCUGGCCGGGAAGUCCGCCUCCAAGAAGGAUGAUGUUACAGAGGAACUUGAAGUGCGUCCAGCCAAACGGAAGCGAAGAACGGGGUCAGUGUAUCGAAGGGCGACUACUAGUCAUGGCGGCCAUGAGCAUGCAUACCCGACUCCGGCUCCUGAUCUCCCACCCGAGCGAUUCACCGACUCGGGACCAGGUGCCGCUCUUCCACGACGGGGUGAUGUACCCACUGCCCAGCCACACGCCGGCCGAGAACUUCCCCUACACCAAGCCGUUGCGAACGGACAUGCUGAAGUAGUGAAAUUGCUCCUCCAGCACGGCGCUGACCCGGGCAUACGGGACAAGAACGGACGGACCGCGAAGCAGGUCGCGGAGCAACAAGACCUAGAAGAGCUGGCCACACUGUUCCGCACCGGCCCUGUGUUGGAAGGCCCGGCGAUCACAAGCGACAAAGGCAAACAGCGAGAAGUGCCGCUGGUGAUUCCAGCACCCCAUCCUACACCUCGAAACAACCCCGCUAAAAUGGCCGCUUGCCAGGCCUUCGAAGCGACCAUCAUAGAGUUCUACACCGAGGAGCGGGAGCAGAGAUAUCAACAGUCGGCUACUAUAUACGACCUACUAUACGGAAAAGGCCCCGAUGAAAUUCUCUCAGAGAGACGGCCCGAGAGCCUACAACCAAGACAAGCCGACUUUACAUGGUAUCAUCUCCCUGCGAACAAUGUGGGUGUUGUGACCUGUACCAACAAAACUUGGAGCAUGUGCUAACUCUAGCUCCGUAGAUGGAAUGGGUCGAGGGGCUCAUGGCGAAGCUGUCCAAGUCCCAUGACGCAGCAACCACAGUACACGUAAAACUAAAGGAGGAACUAGGCACGUUCCGGCAAAAGGAGAAGACUGCUCAAACACCAAGGCCCUCAUCGAU